AUGACAGGUUUAUUGUUUUUGGGGGAAAUUUUGGGUAUUGAGUUGUUUCGGAGGUCGUUGGAGACGGGUUUGAGUCCGGAUAGUUUUACAAUUGUUCGCGUGUUGUCGGCUUGUAGUCGUGUUGGGGAUGUUAGUGCUGGUGAGUGGGUGCAUAAGUACGCGGUGGAGAUGGGUAUGGGGAGAAAUGUGUUUGUUAACACUGGUUUGAUUGAUAUGUACGCGAAAUGUGGGAAUAUGGGGAAAGCUCGCGAGGUUUUUGAUAUGAUGGUAGAGAAGGAUGUUGUUUCUUGGAGUGCUAUGAUUCAAGGUUAUGCGUCGAAUGGGCUUCCUAAAGAGGCAUUGGAGCUUUUUUAUGUAAUGCAAGGAGAGAAUGUUAGGCCGGAUUGUUAUUCGAUGGUUGGUGUACUUUCUGCUUGUGCUAGGUUAGGAGCGUUAGAAGUUGGCGAACGGGCCAGUAAGUUGAUGGACGUGAACGAGUUUUUCUCUAAUGCUGUUUUAGGUACGGCGCUAAUUGAUAUGUAUGCUAAAUGUGGACGGAUGGGAUCGGCUUGGGAAAUAUUCAAACGAAUGACAGUGAAGGACAGAGUAAUUUGGAAUGCUGUUAUAUCAGGUCUUGCUAUGCACGGACAUGUGAAAUCUGCCUUUUGUUGUUUCGGUCAAGUAGAGAAACUCGGUAUAAAACCUGAUGGAAACACAUUUAUAGGUCUCCUUUGUGCUUUCACUCAUGCUGGCCUUGUUGACGAUGGUCGCAACUAUUUUCGCAGCAUGACUCACUUGUACUCUUUGGAACCGACGAUCGAACAUUACGGAUGCAUGGUUGAUCUAUUAGGCCGAUCGGGUUUGCUGGAUGAAGCUCAUUCGUUGAUAGAAAGUAUGCCAAUGAAGGCUAAUGCCGUCAUUUGGGGAGCUCUAUUAAGUGGCUGCCGGUUGCAUCAUGAUACCAAGUUGGCCGAACAUGUACUAAAGCAUUUGAUUGAAUUGGAACCAUGGAACUCGGGAAAUUACGUUCUUUUGUCGAAUAUCUAUUCGUCUAACAACAAAUGGGAUGAUUCGGAAAAGAUCAGGUCUUCUAUGAAUGAGGGAAGAAUGCAGAAGAUUCCGGCGUAUAGUUGGAUAGAGAUUAAUGGAAUAGUUCAUGAAUUUCUUGUCGGGGAUAUGUAUCAUCCUAUAUCAGAGAUGAUAUACAUUAAACUCGGUGAACUGACCAAGGAGUUAAAAGAAGCAGGUUAUGUUCCAAAAACGGAAUAUGUUCUAUUUGACAUCGAAGAGGAGGAAAAGGAGCAUUUUGUGGGGUGUCAUAGCGAGAAGCUUGCACUUGCAUAUGGCUUACUAAGUACUAAACCUAGUGAUGUUAUCAGAAUAAUUAAAAAUCUUCGUAUCUGUGGUGAUUGUCAUACAUUCUUCAAGCUUGUUUCAAAGAUAACGGAGAGGGAAAUUAUCUUGCGGGAUAAUAACCGUUUCCAUUGUUUCCUUAACGGAUCAUGCUCAUGUGGAGAUUACUGGUAAGACUUUGGUUAGUAAUAUGAUGUUGCGAACUUUUUAUUCAGCAAGUAAUCGAGAAGAGAAAAGAUAUUGAAGAGGGAGGAGGAAAACUCAGCCAAAAAGCAGAAGAGACAGACCUAAUAUUUAUCUGUCGACAAAGAUUACUAUCAACUCGAGCAAUCUUGUGCAGAAGCAAAAUAUUGUGUGACAGAACGAUAUAUGGUACUUCCUCCGUUCCAAUUUAUUGUGAAAGUCGUUCUUUUUAGUCAAUCCCAAAAAGAAUGACACCUUUCUAUAUUUAGUAACAAUUAAACUUUAAACUUCUCAUUUUACCCUUAAUGAGAUGGUUUUUAGCCACACAAAUAUCAAUGGCUUAUUUUGGAUCACAAGUUUCAAAAGUCGGGAUCAACUACUCUACCAUUCCUUUAUUGACUGGUCUAAUGAAAGAAAGUUUUGUUAGCAUCAUUUACAUCAUAAAUAAAAUGAACCGAAGUCUUUAGCAUCUUUCAUUCUUAAACUAUGUGCCCAGUCAAACACCUUCACAUAAAUUGGGACGGAGGGAGUGUGAAUCAAUUGGAUUAAUUUUUGCAUUUCUAUGGUUAGAUUCUCCGUCCUCAUGAAUGGUUAUCUCCAUUGUUUCUUUGCUAUCCAAAGAGGCUGAAGACAGGGAGAUCCUCUUUCUCCGUUUCUCUUUAUCCUUGUGAUGGGAGAGUCUCAGCAUUAUGUUGUGUCGCUAUGCAGAAAAAAAUGGAUCAAAGGCUUCAUCGCCAGCUCCAGUAUACACUUCAUCUUAUGUAUGUUAUAUUUGACGAUUCAUCGAUCUACAGGUUGAUCCAGUCCACUUUUGAGGUUAAAUGUAGGUUACACAUCAACUUCAUCAAGGGUUGGUUGUUCCCGGUAAAUAAGGUUCGCAAUUUGCAACUCUUUGCGGAGAUAUUGUGGUGUAUCUUCGGAAGCAUUUCUACAAAGUCUCUGGGCCCCGUGCAAGCUUUAAGUUAGUAGCUAUAUGGGAUGAUGUCUUAGAACCGAUGGAGAAGAAGCUGGCCAACUUGAAAAGACAAUACUUAUCUCUAGGAGGCACGAGUCACAUUGGUUUUCAAUUAACAGUGUUUUCGACUCCCACAGCAACAAGUUACAAAAAAGAGGCAUUUACUUGUGCAAUAGAUACUUUGUGUGAAGAGCAAAAUGAAGAUGCAAGCCAACUGUUUCUGCAUUGCAAAUUGCCUUUCACAUACAAAGGGUUUCCUCCAAAGCUGGUACAAGAGAGGGCUAAACAAAGGCUGAAUCAAAGUAUGGAACACCAUCCCAGCCACCAUUUGGACAGAGAAAGAAAGGGAGCCUUAGAUCAUUGGUAAAGUCAUCUGUGUGUGAUCUAUAUGUCACCGGCUUUAAUCAUGGAAUCAACCACUAAUGCUUGCAUCAGCGUAGGCUGCCUACAAUAUAUCUCGUUGGGAUGAGGCCUUUCCCCGGAUCUUGCGUGAAUGCGGAAUGCUUCAUUCACCAAGCUGCCCUUUAUUUGGAGAGAAUUGAAAUUUUUAGACCAAAAAGCAGAAUGUAAUGACCUUGAAAUACAGUUGUACUUUUUUGCUAACCUUUUGGGAUAACAUGGCUGAUAUUAAUGAUACAGUUUGCAUUCUUGACUUUCUUAA